GUCAUACUUGUCGUCUGUUGUCCCUUACUCCGAGACUACAACAGUGGCAGGAAUAUUUUCUUCCAUCAUUUGAAGAUCCAAGGAAAAAUUAUAUCAUUUUUCAGGAAUGUGGAAGGCACCAGUUAGAAUUUGUUCUCAGUCGAAGGUAUCAUUGCAAAACGGAAGACAAAUUAUCCGCCGGAACAUAAACAGCCGAAAAUCAAAUCAAAUAUCUGGAAGCAAAAUUUUAACCAUUGGUGGAGCUGCUAUUCUAGCAACUGUUAGUGGUUCUGUUGUCUUAGCCAAAACAAGUGAUGGUUUUAGGAAAUUUUCUGAAAAAAAUAUUCCUGGAACCUCAUUUCUGUUCAAUUUACUACUGGGACCUUCUGUUUCUCAUUUACCAAAACUUGAGCAUCCUGUCAAAGUAAAGGAAGAUGGACUUUUAAAGAAAAAAUUGGAACGAGAAGCACUCAAAAAAAAAGAUGAUGAGCUGCCCAUCAAUCCUGUGGAAGAAUCAAGCCUACAAGAGCUACCCAUAUCCUUAAUUGAUUUACCACCCCCAGACUUCGAUGUCAUAAAAUCUGUGGAAGAAUUUUGUGAAAAUGAUCAAUCUAGUGUUGAAGAAUCUUUAAAUUUGGACCCAGAAGUAAAAACAGAUGAAAAUAUUAAAGUAGUAAAUGAAUCUGAACCUGAUAGUUCAGCUGUAGAGGUUCUCGAAAAAGUUUCAGUUAACUUAUCAGAAUUGACUGCCGCCGAAUUUGGGGACUUGCUUAAGGAACUUCAUGCCAAAGCUUCUGACGCUGUUAAAGAAGCUGUUGCAGCCCAAGAUAUAGCUGCAUGCUCCAUCAAAAAGCAUGUUGAAUUGGUCUUCAAGUCACUAGAAAAGAUUUACGAGCCUGGUCAAACACAUGAAAAUAUAUGGGAGCCGGUCUUCAUGGCCACACACGAUAAAAAUGAAGCUGUGCAUGUUGCUGAGUCUCGAGCUCAUGAUGCCAGAAUGGCCGUAGCCCAGCUGAAAGAAGCUGUAGCUCAUGGCUUAAAGAAUGACCAAAGUAUACAAACACCUGACCUAAUUACUUUUGACGAAAGCGUUGCCCGCGCUCUCUAUAGUUUGGAAACUGCAAAAGCACGAGUCGAAGCGGCUCAGUCUGAAGCCAAAGUUAUGGAUGAAUAUCGUGAACUUGUUGAUACUGCUAGGCACAACUUGCAGAUGGAGUUAUCUUCCAUUCGUCCUGAAUUGGCACCCAGUUUUAAAACCGAAGGUUCCAAGUUGGGUGAAGAGGAAAUCAAUAUUUUGAUGGCCCAUGCCUAUUGGAAGAUAAUAACGUUGCAAAAAGAACUAGCCAGGCAACAGUCUUGUGAGCAGCAGCGCCUGAAAGGAGCUUUAGAUACCCAGCGAAAAGAAGACCAUUCCGUUCUGGAAUCCCGUUUACGAGUCGAAUUGGAAAGACAAUACUACGAACUAAAAGCGAAAUAUAAUCAAGAUAUUUCGUUUCAUGAAAAAACCUUGUCGGAUCAGUUUACUCAGCAGCUUAAACUCCAAGCUGCUGCUUAUACUGAUCACUUAAAUGACACUCUAAAGACGCAACGUCUAGAACUAAAGCGAACAUUUGAUGCUGAACGUGAACUAGAAGUCGCAAAGUUGUUAGCGUCCCAUCAUGAAAACCUGGCGAAGCUUCACGGAAUGGGCAAAGGAAUUCAAGACGCGAUCCAUGACCGCGCCGAAAAGGACCGAGUUUCUCGUCAAGUUCGUGAGCUAUGGAUUGCAGCUCAAUCUAUGAUCGAGUCCCUGCGCAGUAACAAUUCAGUCCAUUUGCCAUGGAAUGAGCAACGCCACCCUCUCAAUCUAAGUAGUUUGAACAACGCACUAAACAACAAUGAUGAAUUUGCUCGGGCAGUCAUCGAAUCCAUCCCUCCAACCGCUCUAGAUCAAGGAAUCCUUCCUCAAGGUGCUCUGAAGGAACGUUUCUUGAAUGUUGAAAGAGUUUGUCGACGUGUAGCUCUGAUUGAUGAGAAUGGUGGAUCGAUCCUUCGUUAUGCUCUCUCUUAUUUGCAGAGUAUGAUGGUUGUAAAAGUUGACGCGCGUCCGCAGUCAAAAGACGAAGAAAUCAACUUGGCCGAUUUGAAUACGUUCGACAUUUUAGCGAGGACAAGGUACCAUUUGGAGAAGGACGACCUCGAACAAGCACUUCGGUACAUGAAUUUAUUGAAAGGAGAACCCCAGAAUGUUGCCAACGACUGGUUGCGAGAACUGCGCAUCCACCUGGAAACUGUUCAAGCUGUCAACGCCAUCCUUACGUAUGCAGCUGUGCAAGCUAUUGAAUCAAUGUGAAAAGCUUGUUCCUCAGCCCAGAUUGCAUAUACCUUUAAAAAUGAAUCGAUAGAAGAUGGCUGUAGUACGGUCAGCCUAUAAGAAAGUACAGACUCCACGUCUGUGUAUCUUUAUUAGCUAUUAACUGUACAGAUUUAAUGUUGUAUUCAGUUUGAAAUACAACCAAACAACAAAA